CAAAGGAUUUGCCGACGUUCGGGAAUUCCGCCUCCAGUUCCUUUUAUAGCGCCACUCGUGCGCUGGCUGCGCUCCAGGAUCCCACCCAUCUCGGUUAAUUUGACAACACAAAGGACUUUACGGAACUCGGAGGCGCCGCCUACUUUCCGAAUAAGGGCCGUCUCUCCAUGUACGGCAAACAAUCGCGGAGAGAUUGUCCUUUUCUCUUCCUUAUCCCGUUUAUAUGAUCGGAGAGGAACUGCGCUUCAGGUUGGAAGCGGUGCGAUCAUGGCCGAGCGAGUCCAGCAGCCCCCAGCCAAGCGGCUCUGCUGCCGGCCCGGUUAUAACCCGGCAUGCAGGCAGGGGCAGCGGGCUGGAGGAGUCCUGUGUGGCGGUGCGGGGUCCGCUCUAGGAGGAUCGGGAAAAACGCACAACCCCGAAUCGCUGCUCGAUAUCGCGGCACGGAGAGUGGCAGAGAAGUGGCCGUUCCAGAGGGUUGAGGAGCGGUUCGAGCGGAUUCCAGAACCCGUCCAGAGGAGGAUCGUAUACUGGUCAUUUCCCAGAAGCGAGAAGGAGAUCUGCAUGUAUUCCUCCUUCAACGCAGGGGGAGAGGAAAGUGGAACUAGCGGGGACAAUACCGACGAUACCCAACUGCCUUUUCUGCGGGGUGUUACUCUUUUAGAGGGUGGCUGGGUGGACAACGUAUUACAAGUCGGUUUCCACCUGAGUGGCACGGUCACGGACCCGGCCACGCCCACGGCCCCCGAGCUGGUGUGCAGCGUCAGCGUCAGCUUUGACCGCUGCAAGAUCACGGCGGUGACGUGCACGUGCGGCAACAAGGACAUCUUCUACUGCGCCCACGUGGUGGCGCUGUCCCUGUACCGCGUACGGAAGCCCGAGCAGGUCAAGCUGCACCUGCCCAUCUCAGAGACGCUGUUCCAGAUGAGCCGGGACCAGCUGCAGAAGUUCGUCCAGUACCUGAUCUCCGUGCACCACACAGAGGUGCUGCCCACCGCGCAGAAGCUCGCCGACGAGAUCCUGUCGCAGAACUCCGAGAUCAACCAGGUCCACGGGGCCCCGGACCCAACAGCAGGGGCCAGUGUGGACGAUGAAAACUGCUGGCAUUUGGAUGAGGAACAGGUCCAGGAGCAGGUGAAGCUCUUCCUGUCCCAGGGAGGUUACCACGGCUCUGGGAAGCAGCUCAACCUGCUCUUCAGCAAGGUGAGGGAGAUGCUGAAGAUGCGGGACUCCAACGGGGCGAGGAUGUUAACUCUGAUCACGGAGCAGUUCAUGGCCGACCCGCGGCUGGCUCUGUGGAGACAGCAAGGCACCACCAUGACCGACAAGUACAGACAGCUAUGGGACGAGCUGGGGGCUCUGUGGAUGUGCAUCGUACUGAACCCCCACUGCAAGGCGGAGCAGAAGUCCUCGUGGCUGCGUCAGCUGCGCAGGUGGAAUAGCGUCGACGUCUGCCCCUGGGAGGACGGUAACCACGGCAACGAGCUGCCCAACCUCACGCACUCGCUGCCUCAGGGAGCACACGGCAACCAAGAGCUGCGCCCCCACAGAACAGUGUUCACCAGGGCCAUUGAGGCCUGCGACCUCCACUGGCAGGACCGACACCUACAGCACAUUAUCGCCAGUGACCUUUAUGCCAACUACUGUUACCAUGACAACCAGGACGGCUCCCUCUUCGACUCGCGCGGCUGGCCCAUGUGGCACGAACAUGUGCCGACCGCCUGCGCCAGGGUGGAUGCUCUGCGUUCCCAUGGUUACCCCAGAGAAGCACUUCGUUUGGCCAUCGCCGUGGUAAACACAUUGCGGCGGCAACAGCAGAGGCAACUGGAGCAUUUCCGCAGGCACAAGAAAGAGCUGCUCCAUAAAGGCCACACCUCCACCACUAACCUGGAGGGGUGGGUGGGUCACCCCCUGGACCCCAUCGGCACCCUGUUCAGCACCCUGACGGAGUCGGGACGCGGAGGAGAGGAAGGCUCCAACACAUGCCUGGACCUCUCGGGUACAAGAAUCACACCUGACUGCUCCAGUGUAGUGAGUCGUGCUGAACUCCAGCGAAUGCCCGUGCAGAGGCUGCUCGGAGACGGCGAAUCGUAUGUGGCGCUUGCAGUGGAAACGGCUCUGAUUGGUUUAGGCCAGCAGAGGGUCAUGCCUGAUGGGCUGUAUGCCCAAGAGAAGGUGUGUCGCAACGAGGAGCAGCUAUUGGCCAAGCUGCAGGAAGUGGAAGUGGAUGACUCGCUGGUCAAAAUCUUUCGCAAACAAGCCGUCUUUCUGUUGGAGGGUGGUCCCUACUCCGGCCUGGGGGAGAUCGUCCACAGAGAGAGCGUACCCAUGCACACCUUCGCCCGCUAUCUCUUCACCUCUCUUCUACCUCAUGAUGCUGAGCUGGCCUACAGGAUUGCACUGAGAGCGAUGCGGUUGCCUGUGCUGGAGUCCACAGCCUUGCCUGGUGACCUCUCGCGACCCCACCACAUGGUAUCGGUGGUGCCCAACCGCUACCCCCGCUGGUUCACCCUCAGCCACAUAGAGUCCCAGCAGUGUGAACUGGCCUCCACCAUGCUCACCGCCGCCAAAGGGGACAGUCGCAGGCUGGAGACGGUUCUGGAGUCCAUCCAGAAGAACAUCCACUCAUCCUCACACAUCUUCAAACUGGCCCAGGACGCCUUCAAGAUCGCCACGCUGAUGGACAGCCUUCCCGACAUCACACUGCUCAAAGUCUCCCUGGAGCUGGGCCUGCAGGUAAUGAGAAUAACUCUGUCCACGUUAAACUGGAGAAGGAGAGAGAUGGUGCGCUGGUUAGUCACAUGUGCCACUGAAGUGGGUGUGUACGCCCUGGACAGCAUCAUGCAGAGCUGGUUCACCCUGUUCACCCCCACGGAGGCCACCAGCAUCGUGGCCACCACCGUCAUGUCCAACAGCACCAUCGUCCGGCUCCACCUCGACUGCCACCAGCAGGAGAACCUGGCCUCCUCGGCCCGCACCCUGGCCCUGCAGUGCGCCAUGAAGGACCCCCAGAACUGCGCCCUGUCGGCCCUCACCCUCUGCGAGAAGGACCACAUCGCCUUCGAGACGGCCUACCAGAUCGUGCUGGACGCGGCGGCCACGGGCAUGAGCUACACGCAGCUGUUCACCAUCGCGCGCUACAUGGAGCACCGCGGCUACCCCAUGCGCGCGUACAAGCUCGCCACGCUGGCCAUGGCGCACCUCAACCUCAGCUACAACCAGGACACGCACCCGGCCAUCAACGACGUGCUGUGGGCGUGCGCGCUCAGCCACUCGCUGGGUAAGAACGAGUUGGCGGCCGUCAUCCCCCUGGUGGUGAAGAGCGUGAAGUGCGCCACGGUGCUGUCGGACAUUUUGCGGCGGUGCACGCUGACCACGCCGGGCAUGGUGUCGGCGCUGCACAGCCGGAGGAACUCGGGGAAGCUGAUGUCGCUGGACAAGGCGCCGCUCAGGCAGCUGCUGGACGCCACCAUCGGGGCCUACAUCAACACCACCCACUCGCGGCUCACGCACAUCAGCCCGCGGCACUACAGCGAGUUCAUCGAGUUCCUGGGGAAGGCGCGGGAGACGUUCAUGAUGGCGCACGACGGACACAUUCAGUUCACGCAGUUCAUAGACAACCUGAAACAGAUCUACAAGGGCAAAAAGAAACUGAUGAUGCUGGUGAGGGAGAGGUUUGGCUGAAGGGGGGAGGGGGGGGGGGGCGAUCCACCGCACCCUUCCCCCUCUCCCUGCCCCUCCCCCACACGCUAGGACUUUUCUAUUAACUUGAGUCUGCCUUUUGAACUUCUUUUGAACUUACGAAAUAGACACGGCAAAUAAAACUGGGGAUGUGACUUGUACGACGGAAGCAAAAAAAAGAGAAAGGAAAAGAUGAAAAAAAUCAACAGAGCCACACACGCGGUAUUAUUGUUCUUGCUGUUGUUAUUGUUAUAAACAUUAUUCCUAUUAUUAAUUAUUAUUAUUACUACUACGUGUACAGAAGUGUUUUAUUUUUCAGAUUCAGAAGAGAGGAAAUUUGUCCCGUUGUGAAUGUUGUGUGUGUUUCUCUACAUGUGUGUGAGAGGAAAACAGGAAAGUGAAAUGGCUUUUUUAUAUAUUGUUUCUUUUUGAAUCACGUCUUUUACGACCCCUACCCCACCCUUCCUCUUUUUUCACGUUUAUAUUGAGUUGUAUGUUAUCAAGUGGCAAACGCCCUGCUACGGUAGCGCUCAUGUUCCAGACAAACUAACCAACAAACCCCAAUCUCAGCGUUCUCAACAAAAAAAACGAAAACUAACUAUGGCUUUAAACCACACAAAGCACCUCUCUCGCUCUCUCAGCUCUUUAGUCUCCAUUCUUUGAUCCUCUCUCGCCUCUAUUCUCUCUCUCUGUCUUAUCUCUCUAUGCCUCUCUCUCUCUGACUCUUCACCCCCCCAACACACACGCACACACACACUCUUCCCAGGACCACUGGGCAUUGGUCAGCACAGCUUGGCCUAAGAGUAUGGCUCGGCACAAUUUUUGGGUUCGCAAUGACGCACUAAAGUCGCGUCAGCGUUCCUCCUGACCCAGCACACCGCUGCAGCACUUGAGUGAGCCACUACCCCCCUCCCCACCUGUGUGAGCUAAUAGCUCGAUGUGAGCUUCAUAGAAACUGUGUUCUCAGCCUCCUCCUGUUGCCGCUGUAGUCGGCCAUUUCAUAACUCCUCCUCUGUAAUAAAAAAUACCACACCUUGGGCCAGAGGACGGUACGUGCGCUCUACUAGUAACGGCAUUGCUGUGCCAUUUGAGCACGGCCGUGAGUAUUAUUCGUUGAUUAUCGCUCUUUGGGGGUUUUCUUUCGGAGCCAGGUGCAAUGAAAUAUUUACUAAAUAACUGAUACUGUGUUUUGAUCAUGAAUCAAAGGGUAAUCUAGGCCUGGUCGGAGACGAGGCUACCUCAGAUGUGGUAUAUCGCACUUGCUCCAACUGUGGUGUCGUACUUUUAAUACUACCGCGAAUCACCUUGUGUGUAACAGCUGACUGAAACGGAGCAGUCGACGGUCCUUGGCUAAUAAAUAAGACCUAGAACACGAAGCUAGACCGAGAUGAGUCACGGCGACCUCCGGACAGUUUCGGCCAUUUGAGUUGAGCUUUUGAGGCGUUCCCCAGCUAACGUUAGUUCAUGAAAACUAAAACAAUACGAAAUCAGCUGGCUAUUAGCAAGACAAGAGGCUAAAAGAAAAAGACAAAAAGAUGUGUGAGCAUGCCAUUCUCCGCUGUAGCUGUUAGUCACCGGUGUAGCUAUACGGUAGUGGUGGUGUAUUUAUUCAUUCGAGGUAGGCCAGUGUCAUGACCCUCCGUGCAUGUGAACCAAUAGGAAGUAGGCUUCUACUGUUACACGUCAUUGUGUGGAACUUUCAGCAACUGUCACAGAAUGUUCUCAGGGAUUUCUCUACACAGUUACAAAAACAAAACAGGCGGGAAUAAUGAACGAUUGAACGACUGAACUCCAGGAAAAAAGACAAGAAGUGACACGACACGAGCGAGCGUUUAUUCUACUCUGUAUAUAUAUGCCAUAGUAUAUGUCUGAAUAUGGAGGAUCUGAAAGUAUAUGUUAACUAAUUUAUACAGAGUAUUCUAUGUAAUGUGAAAUACUUGAAGCCGCUGUAGUUUGCUCUAUCUCCCUCUCUUGCUCUGUUAUUUCUGUUCUUUUUUUUUUUACUGGUAUUGUUUAAUUUCAUUAAUAUCACAGGACAUAUCAAAAGGACUUGGCCGACCUUGUGUUAGGGCCGGUCGGACUAGCUGAUGUUUCGGGUCGUGAGAGGAAGGAUCUGGUCUUAAAUAUAGGUGGCAUUGGUGUUGCUGCCGAAAAACAAUGGUGUCUUAUACAUUCUCACUGACUGAUGCACAGAAUGGGCAUAGGAUGAUUGAACACAUUCAAGUUCUUGUUAUUACCCUGAUCACAGGAAAUGUUUCAGAAAAUUCCUUCUGGUCAAUCUAUUUUUCAUACGAGUCUCCUUUAAAAAACUUUUUGUUAAUAACAAAUGGAAUGUUAUUUAGGCAGAAUGUGGAUUACUGUGUUGAGAUCUGUUGAACUCGUAAGUUUCAACUUCUGUUGCGGUAAUAAAAAACAACAACCCACAUAGCCACUGGCUGAAUAGUUUCACAAUCAUAAAUCCCUCUGUUGGUGGACCAGAUACUGAGACGAUGAAUCACACUGUUUAAUAUAUCAUGCUAUCAAUGUUAUCAUUCAACAAGUCUUGGCCAUUCUGUUCCAGUAAGCAACAUAAACCACAUUAUCAGAUUCUCUUCAGCACUGUUACAAACGUUUGAUCGAAUCUUGCCUUUUUUACUUUCUUCCUUUUCUUUCUUUCAAUCUUUCUUUCUUUUUUUCGGUAAACACACAUUUCCUCCCUGCAUUUUGUUUUGUUUAUUUCUUUGUUUUACUAUCUGUUCAUUAAAGAUGAAAGCAGCCUUUUCUCUUGCCUUGUCUUAAUGCUUUAAAGUAACCAAACUGGAGAUCUAACAACCAAACGUGUUCCAAGUGGUGAGAGACAACCUGCCUUGGUCCUAGCUUUAGUGUCCUUAAUUAGUAAGUUGAAUGGCUGUCUACUACUCAUGCUUUAACAAAGCAAUUCCUCACGUGUGUUUGGUGAACAAAAAAAUACCUGUUGUCCCGUGUCUGUCUGUCUGUCUGUCUGUUAUUUUCUUCAGCAACAAUUUCCUCUGAAGUCUUUCUAGCGGAUUUUUUAUUUGUUUCUUUAUUUUUUUGUGUAGGAAUCUUCUGCUUUCUCGUUUUAUUUAUUACAAUGACCCAUGUAUACAUGCUUAUGAAAUUAAGAUUUGAUACGCCGAUAUCAAUUUAUUUAUGUAACUAAAUCACUGUUUUAUAAUCUUGUUAAUGAGUCGAUGAUUGAUUUUUUUUUGUUUUUUUGUUUUUGUUUUAAUAAAAGCUAGUUUUUUGAAAGUUAUUCGGCAGGGCUGCAGUAACAUUUAUUUUUACACGUUCACGUUCAUACAACUCACAAUGUCUAAUGUCGUUGGGUACACUUGUGUCCCAGUCAAUCUGUGUCUGCUUGUUUCGGGAUUGAGCCUAUAGAAAAGAGUCAUUGGAGACCACUGUUAGAUAUCAAUCAAGUGUCAGCAGUGAGAGUGAGAAGGAUCGCUCGCGCUGUAGCACCUGCAUUUCCCACUGUCAUCCACAGGAGCCCAUGGGGGAUAUCAAAUAUAUCCAUUGAUAUUCACAAGCUCUUUAAGGCUUCUGUCAAACAGGCACAUUCAGCUAACCAGAGUAGCCUGUUUACAAGCUUCAAACACAGCUCUGCCACGGGAUGACUAAAUCACUGUGUAGUCUGUGGGGUGCCAGUGUGCUAUGUGUGUGG